AUGGCACCCGUCUUGAUGCAUCUAUAUCAUUCCCAACCCAUCCCUCGAUCAUCUGAAAACGCCCAUGCAUCUUCUAUGCAAGCCUCACGAUACAUUGGUAGCAAGGCACUGCUUCAGCUUUUUGCAGGCACAGUGUUAUUUUUUAUUGUUUCGGUUCUCUUCUGGAAACUUGCGAAGUUCUCUCGUUUUCUCACCCAGGGAAAAGUGCUUAAGAAAGGAAACAAAACUACUACACGCUAUAGCAGGACUUGGUAUGGUUGGGUUUCAGCAAAAAGACACGAGGAGAACAAAGCGCUAGCACGGAAAUGUCUGCAAAAGCUCUAUAAUUGCGCAGUCUGGAGAUCGUCGAGUGUUGACUACCACUGGGUUUGGUGGGAUCCUGGACAGAAAAUGCAGAAGAGGUUUUGCGAAGAAAGGAGGCACCUGCGAUGGUUACCGACCUGGUUCAAGAGCUAUAGCUACAUUGCUGCUGAUACAAUAUGGAACCCAGGGCCCCCUUCCCGCCACAGCAACACUACUACGUCGGAUUUUUGCAGUGGAUAUGCUUCUCUCAGAGCUAUGACCGGGGCGCUUUCGAAAAGCCACACACCUGGAUCUAUUACAAGUCGAACAAUCUACUAUGCACUUGGAGCAAGCAAUAUAACGAGCUCGUCUAGCCAAUCGCUUUUUCAGCGUGGCUGUCGGCGACCGUCAACGAGAGUAAAGGCAAACCAGAGCCGCCAGUAUCGAAGCGAAUGCAUAAGAAAGUGCACGUUCGAACGGGGGCAUCUCAAACACACGAGCAACAUCGAUACGCAUCAACACCAGUCACACUUUUUCUCCAGCACCAGUGUCAUGCGCUCGGAUUUGGCAGGUCGUGGCACGGAAAAUACACGCAGUCUGUCGCUUCCAUGCCUCUUCAGCCAGAAGUAUGAAAGUACGCUCGUCUCCAAGGCGUCACACAGCGCCAAGCCAAGUUUUACAAAAGGCAGACUAGAGGCAGCGAACAAGCCCCGAGAUUUUCGCAAGCUUCAAGUCUGGUCUGCUCGGAUGGCACUGCAACCGUCCCGAUAUACAGAGCUUCUAGGACCACCUGCAGGGACUCCGCGAUCUGGGCUUUCUGCCACCAGUUCGUCCGAUCAGACGCCUGUAUCAAUACCAACCCAAACAGGGUGCAAGGAGGCGAUCUCAACGAAAUGCAGCACAUUAGUCCUUAACCAUUCUAGCAAACAUAAUCAUGUCAAGAAUGUGGAAGUAGCGGGGAGUGUUAAUCAUGCUGCUGGUUCAGCUAUGCGAUACCCUGCAGCCCCUGCAUGUAGUCGAUCAAGCUUACCAUGUCGUCUAGAGGCCUGCCACCGUACUGCAUUGGGUUCGGAACAAGGAAGGGAACCAGAUCGUUGCACGCGACAGAAGAAGUUACUGUGCAUCCAUCGCUCUAAAACAAAGGAGGCCCGGGAGAGAAAGAAGCGGGAAUUGAAAGGACUUCUGGAAGGGAUAGUUCCUAUUAGCGAGCUAAGUCGUUGGGAGAUACAGUUCAUAGACGGACUGGACCGGAAACUGGAGUGGCUCUACAACCAGCUUUGUCCAGGCCGGAGACCCUACCAUUUCGCUUUGCUUGCAAAUCACUGGCUCAAUAUAGAAACCUGGCUUGUAAUCGACCCACCUACGCGAAUCUCUAUCGACGCCAGAAGGCGACUGGGGGAUCCAAGGUUCAACUCGCCAUACCCCAACCCAGACUGGAGCGCGAAACCAAAGUACCCAAGAGUGUCACGCAAAGCAGUCUAUACGCCUAAAAUCAACUCAUGGAGACUAGCUGUUAAUCGACACAGAAAAGCGUCUGAAUUACGUGACAUGGUCAAGACAAUCAGAUUUUACCACGAUUCGACAGAUGAUCUCCCGGACGGUAAAGUUGACCCAUCCUGCUGGAUGCUUCGCAGACCCCCGCAAGGACCGUCCAUGACAGCUCGACAAAGGCAAAUGUAUUAUGAAGGGGGGGCAGGAUGGCAAGAGACAUUCGAUGAUUGGCAAAAGAUCCGCCAUGGCUAUCUGAUUCGGAAAGCCAUCCACGAAGGCAGGGCUAACAGAACAAGAGCAAGAGAAAUUGCCAGAGCGAUCAGUCGGUGUUCUCAUAUGGCAACGACAAAAGGCUCCUGAUCUGCAAAUGACUUUCAUGUCUGGUCUGCUGACAGCACAGCACGGGUUUGGCAGGAGUUGUGUGGCUGCUCUGCAAGCAGUUCGGAUGUGUCUAGAGCGGGUAUAUAUCGGUAUGAAAAGUGCGAUGUACGGAACAGAUAACAUGAUCCAGCCGCUUUAUAGCCUAUCUGUAUUGUUAGGCUGCCUUCUGGCGCUGCCCUCGGUUCCCAACAACCGUCUAUCCUUACAAAUAUGAAAGAUGCCAUCAAAUGCCAAGUCUCUGAAAUCGAAUUGAAUCUUGUGCCCUAGGCUUAAAUAAAGAACAUGGUAAAUAGCGAGGCGAACAAUGCAGUCAUAGUGUCAUUCCCCAGUUGCCGAAAACUCCGGUAAUCCUUUCCGUGCCUUCCACGAGGCUUCUUAUAGAGCAUCGCGGCAGACACAGCGUGUGGUGUAUAGUACAGUUGAAUAAUGCAGGUACAAAUAUGUAAAAGGCGAUUGCCAGCUUCCCAACACAGUCUGCGUGUAUAAGCUGUUUAGAAACCCGGAGGGUUCACUCUCUGGCUGACACGGGUCCACUUGGGUAGCUCUGGAA